UUCAUUCAUUCAUUUCGCGACCGCCGAAGCAGUAAGACGUGUACGUGUGCUCCAUCGCGCUUAGAACAGCACAGCCUUUGUGUGUCCGUUUGUGUGGUCAAGCAAACUAUUAGUACUAAUUCCCUGCCCUUUGCACUGCACUUAUCAUAAGUGCAUUUGUGUGAUUUUGAGUUCUUCUCCGUUCCAAAGUGUAACAAUAACGGGCGUACGUGUGGUGCAGAACGCACCUCGAUUCCGACGAGUAAUUCCAAAACGGCAAGCAAGUGAAGUGCAGUGAAGGUUUGCUUUGGGACCAUACAGAGACCCUAAGCUAGUGAAGAAUGUGAGCAAUUGUAUUCAAGUGGGUAACAAAAAACACUCGUCCCCUGGUAGGAGAUGCGUGCGACACGUUGCUUCUGCAACCGAGUGAAGAAACUAUGAGGUGUUGGGUUGGUGUGCGGAAACAGUGUGCAGAAGACAGAAUUGUCCAGUACCGCCAGAGGAAGUACACGAGGGAGUCCAGCAGAGCCGGAGCAGUAAAAUUAGUGAAUUGAAUUAGCACCAAGAUGAUGGGCAAACCUGUGAUAUUAGUCGUUACGUCCGUCGUCAUCUUGGGCGUGCUUCACCGGGUGACAUUUGUUAGUGCGCUCGAUGAUCUCCGCAUUGUGCGGGAGCAGGACGGCAACAAUGCGCACGGUGCACCGGAAAUCGAUACCGUCACGGAGGAGAUCACGCUACCAAAAGGUGCUAGCUGGAAUUUCACCUGUAAAUCGCACCAUCCGAUCAUGUGGAAGCAUUAUGCCGCAUCGUACGAUUGGGAACCGAUGAACGUUUUCCCGCACGACUUCGAGACGGACGAUCCGGACAAACCGUACGGAAGUGUGCUGAUGCUAACGGAUGCGUCCGCCGAUCAAGUCGGACGGUACUACUGUGUCGAUCGCAAGCUGUACGACGAGAAACAUGGCACGCGAAACGGGGAAGAUGGGGAAGAGGAAGAGGAAGAUCCGAGCAGGACGGCCGAGGACGAAAUGUUGGACGAAAUGGUGGCCGAAUAUGCAGCGUCCGCCGUGUACGUGUACGUGGACGAUCCCGACAAUCCGCUGGUGCCGGUACAUACGCCCGUGUUUCGGGUCGAACAGUACCAAGACUUUGUCAUUCCGUGCAAACCGACGCACCCGAAGAUUGCGGUGGAACUGUACAAGGAUCUGGAAGGGGAUUUGGUUGAAGAAUAUCAGUACAGUAACACCCAAGGAUAUCUGCUAAGCUUUAACAGGCUGGAGGACGGCGGUUCCUACUACUGCCAGGUGCAGGAUAAACCCCACCAUCGCAUACACUUCGAAAUAGCGAUCGACGAACACUACGACGAUGCUAGCAACGGAACGGUUGCCGGGACUUCUGUUACCUACGCAAACGCGACCGAAGAUCGUCCGACUACACCUCGUCCAUCCACUCAUGCCCAUGGCGCAAACUCUUCACACGUUCCAUUGACUUCUACCUCUGAACCGUUAACCGAGUACUUAACGAAACCGUCGAUCCAUAGCGACACGAAGGAUCAUGUGCUGCUCGGUCAACGGAUCCGUUUGGUGUGUAAGUUAAACAUCCGCGCCGGUGUCCCUCUCGAUAUGACGUGGAUGGUUCCACCGAACUUAAAGCCUGCCGUCGCAGACGCGAGAAUGAAGAUUGGACCGCUGAAGCUGAAACCCGUCAAAGAAGCGGAACACCGGGAAAUAGCAACGCGCGAGCUUAUCAUCGAACAGGCAACCCUUGCCGACGAUGGCACGUACCGGUGCGUGGUGCAGGACAUCAAAAAUCAUCGCAACUAUCACAGCUUCAAGCUGCAGGUGCGCGACUCCCAGCAGGACUAUGUGCUGCUGAGCGAGGAGAACAACCUGUCGGAGAUUAAUGUGCGGCGCAAUGCAAACGGCAAAACGCCCUCGAUCGAUAUUGUGAUCGAGUAUCGGUCGUUUCCGGCCACCAUAUCGUACUACUGGCUGAUGGAUGAUGAUGAGAUAACGGCCGGGCAGGAUGGGAAGUACGAGCUGAGCCACAGCGAUACCCACGUAAAGCUGAGGAUAAACGAUCCGAAGGUGUUCGAUACAGGGAACUACACGGUGUUUGUGAUGGCGGGAAAUGCAGAAAAAUCGUACCGAAUGGCGGUGCAUGUUUAUGCUAAACCAAUCCUCCACAUGGAAAGCAAGUUUGUGAAACCGGGCGAAGAGGUUUCGUUCCAGUGUAGAAGCAUCGGGUAUCCACGGCCAGACAUAUCGUUCGCCUUUCUUCCCUGCCUGGGAAAUCCGUGGACGAAUUGUUCCAUCCCCUCGUCGAAGGAAACCAAUUGGGACUCCUCGAGCCCGGAUAUCGGUUCGGAGCCGUCAGCAAGAUCGCUUCCCGGUGGAAAGCGCGAAACACAGAUAACCAAGUCACGGAUCUACACGCUAAUCCCCAAGCAGCCGGGCGUGGUGUACUGUAAAGCGAUCAACACCGAAGGCAGUGAAGUGACGCAGGCCGAUCUACUCAUCAGCGACCUAACCGAUUCGAUAACGCUGGAAAAGGAGCAACCGAAAGAAACGAUCACGGUAGGAGAUCAUGUCACGAUCGCAUGUUCAGCGCUCGUGUACAACCACACGCGAAACAUUGCGCUCGUGCUGAACGACAAAGAGCUGCAGGAAGCGGACGGUGCACGGUUAAGCUAUUCCGACAAGCUGUACGCGUGGCAGGCACAUCUCGACAUUAAGCACAUUACACACGAGCACGAAGGAACGUUGUACUGCCGGGUGAAAACCAUGCUGGACACUGUCGAAACGCGAGCCUUCCGCUUGGAAGUGCUGGAUCCCAUCGCUCCGAUGCUUGUGUCGGGCAAGAAUAAUCAAAGUCUUUCGGUCGAUCUGCACGAUCCGUUAAAGCUGGAGUGCGAUGUAGUUGGAACGCCCGAUCCGAUGAUCGUUUGGCUGAAGGACGGGGUGCCGGUACAGCCCGACGAAAACAGCAACCGCAUGCAGCUGACCAAGACGACGCUUAUUCUGGAGUAUCUGAAGAUGGAAGAUUUGGGCACGUUCGAGUGCCGGGCGGAAAACAAAAUGGGCUCGAUCGAGAAGUACUGGAAGGUGGAUGUACGCACUGCGGUGGUACGAAAAUCACUGAUCUACGUUAUCCUUGGCCUGGUUCUGGGGCUGAUCUUCGCGGUCGUACUGGUGACGCUGUUCUACUGUAAGAAAAAGAAGGAGGUCAAGGCGAUGAAGGAAGCGGGCAUAGUGAACUUUGACGAAGGCAACCUGGGCGUUUACAAUCCCGAUCUGGCGCUUGACGAGCAGGCCGACCUUCUGCCGUACAACACGGAGUACGAGUUCCCGAAGGAUCGACUGAAGCUGGGCAAACAGCUGGGCACGGGUGCAUUCGGUGUGGUGAUGAAAGCUACCGCUACCCGCAUUAUGGUAAACGAGGACGAAACUACGGUCGCGGUCAAGAUGGUGAAAAAGCAGACGGACAACGAAGUGAUGCGGGCACUCAUAUCGGAGCUUAAAAUUAUGGUCCACCUGGGACAGCAUCUGAACGUGGUGAAUCUGCUGGGCGCAGUUACGAAAAACAUUGCCAAACGUGAGUUGAUGGUCAUCGUUGAGUACUGCCGAUUUGGUAAUGUACAAAACUUCCUGCUAAAGCAUCGGCCCUAUUUCAUCGACCAAAUCAACCAAGAAACGGGUGAGAUCGAUUCGUCGAUCGAUAAGAAUCAAUUGCGGUGGUCCAAGUGUGGUUACCAGUAUAAUAGUCAGGGCUUGAAAUAUGUAAAUCUCUCAUUUUCCACCAACAACGUAAACCAUCACCCGCUUCAACAUCCGACUGCUUUCUACCAUAAUCACAUCGACAGCGGCUCUACGCAGUACGUUGACCCGAAGAAGCACCUCAACUCGAAGGGAUACGUGCGUCAUUCCGGGCUGCAGAACAUGGGUAUGGUGGACAGUUGCAACACCGAGGUAACAGCCAUGACAUCUGUGGAAGUGGAAGAGCUGAACACGGUCAACUCGAACGAACCUUUGUGGCGUUCGAACUACGGCAUGGACUACAAGGGUCCGGCACGAUCCGUCAACACGACCGAUCUCGUCUGUUGGGCAUCGCAAAUCGCCAGCGGAAUGGAGUAUUUAGCCUCGCGCAAGGUACUGCACGGUGAUCUGGCAGCGCGCAACAUUUUGCUGUGCGAUGAUAAUGUGGUCAAGAUUUGUGAUUUCGGAUUGGCCCGAUCGAUGUACAAGAGUGACAACUACAAGAAGAAGGGUGAAGCGCCCCUGCCGUUCAAGUGGCUCGCGCUCGAGUGUAUCAGCGACAACGUGUUUAGCACGUACUCGGAUGUGUGGGCCUAUGGUAUCGUUCUGUGGGAACUGUUUUCGCUGGGCAAAGUGCCGUACCCGGGCAUGGAAGCCAAUCAGGAGCUGUACAACAAGCUGCGCGACGGCUACCGGAUGGAUAAGCCACAAUACUCGAAUCAAGAUAUUUAUGACAUUAUGCUAAACUGCUGGAACGUGAAGCCCGACUCGAGACCAUCGUUCAAGGAUCUGAAGAGCAGAUUUAACGCCAUGCUUCCGGAUGAGAUGCGAGAUCAUUAUCUGGAACUGAAUGAGCCAUACCUACAAAUGAACGCCGAAAAGGUGGAGCGAGGCGAUACGGACUAUCUGGCCAACCUUGGCCCUCCCGAAGAGCCUGCACCGGCGGCGCCAAACUAUGUCAAUGGAAUCAUUUUACCUCUUCCACCGAUUUCAGAAAUACGAAGCGAUAAAGACUACCUAAAGAUGUCCCGCGCAAAGUCCGAGUCGGAGGAGAGCAAUUUCGAUUUCGCUUCGUUCAACAGUGAUCGCCAUUCGCCGACGACACGCAACAAUCUCGAUACUAGUCCGCCCAACGGCAGUAAACGGCACAAGAAGCGUGGCCUGCCGGAAGAAAUUCCCAUGCUCGACGGAAGCCGGCUUUCGUACCCCACCAACGGGUUCAAUUCCGACUCCGAAACGGAAGCAGUCAGUCCGAAGCCUCGCGAACGCACAAGCAAGCACAAUCCAGAGCCGGAGUACAUGAACGUGAAGAAUGCCAAGCUUGCUGGUCGAUCAUCGAACGACGAGCUUGGAUCAGCCGGUGUCGCACAGGAAGCGAUUAGCAAUCCGGGCUACAUUGCGCUAAGUAUGGUCGACGAGAAACGCUGCUAGUACUCUUACAACCUAAUGCCUAAUGACUAGCAUUUGUUCGGUGUAAAGUGAACCACAAACUCAUCAUCGCUCGUUCACGUUGUAACUUCUUCAUCUUCCAUUCGUUCAUCAUAUCCGGCCAAAAUUGUGAGUUCGCUUAACGAUUGCUAUAUAGAAUGAGCUCAGUACUACUUAAGAACCGUAAUUUUGGGAGACGCGUGUACUUCUCCUAAAGAAAACCAUCAGCUAGGGAUGUAAACGAGGAAACACAAUAUUUUUGUAUGGUCUUUACACAGCAGUGCGUGCUAGCGUAAGUAAGUGUACAUAAUUUAUGUCAGGAGCGUAAGCGUAUCGUUUUACGAUAUCGAAUCUAGAGACGGCAAAGAUUUGCAACACUCCCAUGUAAUUGUAUCGAAGAUCAGAAAACUAAAAUAAACACCCAUACUUUCAAGUAUUUCAA